CAAUUUCUUGUUUUUAUCAGUCGUGUUACACUGCGCGUUUAAUUCCAAAAUAAUUGCUUUUCACACACUGCGUGACCUCUUAAGAUGACUUUCUGAUGGAAGUCAAAUGGGGACGACUCAUUAUAUUUACUCGCUGAUAAGACUUGACAUGUAAAACUCUGCUAUUUUCUAGUGGGACGUUGUAGUUGCAGAACUUACUAUUUUAGCUGAUUAGCGCAAUGGGGGAUGCAGCUAAAAAUAAGUCAUUGCCUGUCGUGGUUGUCACUGGUUUUGGCCCCUUUGGUCACCACAAGGUCAACGCUAGCUGGGAAGCUGUCAAAGCACUGAGAGACGUAGAUACGGAAAAUGAUCUGAAGAUCAAGUUAGUCACCCACAACCUUCCCGUUGAGUAUGAUUAUGUUGAGACGGAAGUACCCAAGUUAUGGAAGGAGCAUAACCCUGAGCUUGUGAUUCAUGUUGGUGUCUCGAAUGUUGCUUCCAGCAUCACUCUAGAGACCCAGGCUUACAAGUCGGGCUACAAGCAGACUGAUAAUUGCGGAAGGCUCCCUGUAUCAGGAUGCAACUGUCUCUGCGAAACCGAGUGCCUUCAAUCUACCCUCGACGUUCCAUCUAUUAGCACAACUGUUACCGAAAAGGAUGGUGUGCCAGUUUGCAUCUCAAAGGAUGCCGGCAGGUACCUCUGUGAAUUUUCCUAUUUCUCUUCCUUGAGUCAAGAUAAGUCAAAGGCAAUUUUUAUACAUGUUCCUGAACUCAACAAGCCAUACACAGCAAAUGAACUUGCCAAGGGCAUAAAAGGAGUAAUCAGAGAAAUGCUGAACCAGAGGAAAAGAUUGAAGAAUUAGUUAUAUGAAAUGGAGCAGCCUUAUUGAAACUAAUAAUUAUUAAUUGAUAUUAACAUUUGAAACUCUAUUAUUGCGUUUCGGGGCCACGGUAGAGCUAUUUUUGUAAAGCGUUAAUAAAGAAUAUUCAGUCUCAAAAAAUA